GGAGAAGGCAAAGGGGCGGCAGGCAGUGCCAGUGGCGGAGCUCAUGGCCGCCUCCAGGGACGCCAACCUGCUCGCCUCCGUCAUCAGGUUCCAGGUGCCCCAGGACGAGCGCAGCAUGGGGGGGGCGCCACUGCAGCAGUUUGCAUGUGGGUGGAGCAGCAUGGAGACCCUCGCCAAGCACAACCUCGUCCUCAAAACCGCCCAUCCGCCCAGCUAUGCGCUGUCGGAGGAGGGCCAUGGCGUGGCGGUGGACUGCCUGCGCCGCUCCAAGAUGCCGCUGCCCCCCGCCGCUGCUGCUCUGCUGCCAGCACUACCCACGGACACGGGGGGGGAGCGGUGGGCAGACAGGCAGUGCAGUGGUCGGCGCAGGUGCUCAACAACCCCUCCGCCAUGCUCGACCUCCCAGGCAGCAGCGGGGUGGAGAGCGAGGAGGACUGGCAGGUGCCGCCACUGGCAGCGGGGGAGCGCUUCUCAGACGCCUAUGACGUCAUCAUCUUCAUUGACAACCGCGACAGCGAGUGCCACGGGCCCGUGUUUGCCAACCAGCUGUCGGCGCAGUUUGGCCUCGCCACUGAGGUGCACGCGCUGCCAGCGGGCGAUGCCAUGUGGGUGGCGCGGCACCGGGGCAGCGGGCGGGACUACGUGUUGGACUUCAUAGUGGAGUUCACGCGCGCACACGACCUUUGGAUGGCCAUCAAGUCCUCCCGCUUCCGCGACCAGCGCCUGCGCCUCCAGAGGUGCGGCGUGCGGCGUCUGUUGUGCCUGGUGGACGGCUCACUGGACGACCUCAUCGCCUCCGACCCCAACCGAGCAGCCAUGAUCUCAGCGGAGAUGGAGGAGGGGGUGGACAUACAGCAGACGGCAUCGCUGCACGACACCAAGCACCGCUACCUCGACAUCACCACUGCGCUCACCCGCCGCUACAACGACGCCGCUGCCGCCCUGCACCACCACCUGCAGCAGCACGCGCACGCGGGCGGAGCGUCCCCGUCGCCCCCUCCACCCUGCCCGCUGUACGGCGAGUUCGUGGCGACGUGCCGCUCCGUGCAGUCCGACUCCGUCAGCAACCUCUUUGGCCACCUGCUGCUGCAGGUGCGCUCGGUCUCAGUGGACACGGCCAUCGCUGUGCUGCGCCGCUUCCCCUCCCUAAGGGCGCUCGUCAAUGCCUACCAGCUCAUGGAGGGCAACCCAGAGGGGCAGGCAUUGCUGCUGACGCGCAUAGCAGUGAAGGGCCGGCGGAUAAGCGAGGCCGUCAGCCGCAAGGUGUACGAAAUCGUCUGGACCUAG